AUGGCAGUGACGGAAUCAACACGAGUAGCCCAAGUCGUCGGCGCUUUAGCCUGUCAAACCCAGUCGUACCUCAAGACACUGGAGGCAGAAGUCAUCUCGUGCGAGAAACGGCCUCCUCCCCCGGCGGUCAAGAAGAAUGGCAGCAAGGACAAGAACAAGCCUGCGGAUGCCGCCGACGGGAGCAGCGCGGAGACCUGGCUCAUCGAGUUCGCCGACUCGGUCCUCUUCCCCGAAGGCGGCGGCCAGCCAUCGGACCACGGAACCAUCACGCCCCUGAUACCAGGCGCGGAGGACGCGACGGUGGCGGCGGCGGCGGCAGCGGACCCCAUCCCGAUCCAGUUCGUCGAGCGCGUCGGGCUGCGCUGCGUCUACCACUCGCCCCGGCCCUUGGCGCCGGGCGAGAGGGUUCGUCAGGAGGUCGACUUCCGGCGCCGGUGGGACCACAUGCAGCAGCACACCGGCCAGCACCUCCUCUCCGCCGUCAUGAAGGCGCACGACAACGGCCUCGAUACCCUCGGCUGGGGCAUGGGGAAGGGCGGCGCGAUGAACUACGUCGACCUGCCGCGCCGGCCGUCUGACGCCGAGAUCCAGCGCAUCCAGGCCCGGUGCAACGAGAUCGUGCGCUCGGGCUUGCCCAUCACCGUCGAGACCCCGGAGGAUGCCAAGGUCCACAAGAUGCCGGGAGACUACGACCAGAGCAAGGGGGUCGUGCGCGUCAUCCGCAUUGGAGACAUUGAUCGCAACACAUGCUGCGGAACCCAUCUCUCUCAAACCUCCCACAUCUCCCUCAUCCUCAUCCACCACGGCGAGCCGGUCCACGGCACGAACUUCCGCCUCUACUUCUCGGCCGGAGACCGCGCCAUCGACCUGGCGACGGCCUCCAUCGGCGCCAUGGGGUCCGUCUCGCGGCUGCUGUCGUGCAAGAACGCCGUCGACGAGGUGGUCCAGGGCGUCAGGGCGCUGCAGGGCUCCGUCGCGGAGCUGAAGAGGCGGGAGAAGAAGCUCCUCUCCGACGUGGCCGAGUUCGAGGCCGACUCCGCCCGGGCGAGGCUGCAGGCCGGGAAGAGCGUCUGGGUCCACCGCGCCGACGGCAACGCGGACUUUGUGAAGUGGGUCACGGCCGGUGUCAAGGACGCCGUCGCGGCGCGCGGCGGCGUUGUUGUCGUGGCCACGGGCGAGGAGAAGAAGAGCGGGCAGCUUGUCGUCCUCGGGGAGAAGGGCGGCGUCGAGGUCAUGGUCCCGAGAAUCAAAGACAUCGUGACGGGUGUCAAGGGAGGCGGCGCCGGGGACAAGUGGCAGGGCAAGGUUGUCGCUUGGGAGAAGGGCAACUUGGAGGCGCUCAAGAGGCUGGUGGAAGGCUCAGAUGCUUGA